AUGCCACGUCUAUCAGACGAAGUGGACGAGGAGCACCUCUUGGGCGCAGAGUAUGCGCACCACGAAGGGGUGCUCCCAAUGGAUCCGUCUGAACCGGGCCCCCGUGCCGGCUUCCAAGCCUUCCAGAGACCUCCGCCGUCGAAAUGGAGGCGACCCUCUCCCGGCGGUGGCAGCGGCCUCGGCGGCCUCGGCGGGGUGAUCUGGCAAGCCGGCUCGCGUCUCGAUGCCGCUCUAGCUCCAUUCCGGGCCCGAUCGCCGCGGACUAUUAUCAUCCUGCUGGCCCUCCUCAAGUUCGCCAUCACCAUACAGGCCAUGCUGCUCAUGCUCCCCAUGAUGAGGCUCGUCGAGGACGGCAUCUGUCACAAGCACUUUAAGCUCGGACCCGCGGAGACGAUCCCCGAGAUGAAGUGCAAGGUCGACGAGGUGCAGAAGCGGCUCGCGUGGCUCGGUGGGUGGCAGUCCCUCAUCGGCGCCGUCGUCAACUUCCUCGUUGCCUUUCCUUACGGAGUCUUGUCAGAUGGAAUCGGCCGCAAGGCAGGCCUUGUCUUCGCCUACAUCGGCACCGUCACCGCUUUCAGCUGGGCCCCCUUCCUCCUCGCUCACUUCCCCGAUAUCAGCAUCUACUAUCUCUUCUUCGGCUCCUGCUUCUUCCUCUUUGGCGGCGGCAUCGUCGUUGUCUUCAACAACGUCUACGCCAUGGCUGCCGACAUUAGCACCGAAAAGGACCGCGCCUCGAACUUUGUUCUCCUCUCCGUCGGCGCCGUCGUCGGCGGCCUCAGCGGCCAUGUGUGCGCCGGUUUCCUCAUGGAAAAGUUUGGCCCCUGGCUGCCGAUCCGCCUGGUCUUCGUGCUCGCCCCGUUCAUCUUCCUCAUCAUCGCGCUCCUGCCAGAGACUCUCCGUGUCAAGCUCAAUCCCGAAGAGACGCCGAAACCGCAGCUACCACUCGGCGACGCCAUUAGAGAAGGCUUCCUCAGCGGUCUGGUCCAGCUCAAGGACUCCCUCGCGAUGCUCAACAGCCGCAACAUCCUCCUCUGCCUCGUGCCCUCCCUCGUCGGCAACCACCUCAUGACGGCCCACUCCUCCACGCUACCGCAGUACGUGAGCAAGAACUUUGGCUGGACCCUCGCCCAGACCAGCUUCCUCCUCUCGCCCCUGGGCUUCUUACACAUCGGCACCCUCGUCCUCCUCCCCUGGGUCUCAAAAAUCGUCGUCGACCCCAGAGGCCGCUUCCGCCGCACCGGCUUCGGCAAGGACGCCCUCCUCGCCAAGGCGUCGUACAUCAUGAUCGCCGCCGGCGCCCUCCUCGAGGCCUUCAGCCGGGAGAUUGUCGUCUUCCUCCUGGGUCUCGUUUUCCAGACCUUUGGAUCGGCCCACCACCCGCUGGUGCGCGCCAUGAUCACCGAAUUUGUCGAUCCGGAGCACACCUCCCGGCUGUACGCGCUCACCAGCAUGGUCGACACCCUCGGCUCGCCGCUCGGCGGACCGGUGCUCGCGUGGGCGUUCUCGCUCGGGCUCGAAAAGAAGGGGCUGUGGAAGGGGCUGCCGUGGUUCUACGUUGCGGUCCUGGCGUCCCUGACGUGGGCGGCGCUGAUGCUCGUGGAAGAGCCGAGGAAGAAGGGGCCCAUCCACUUGGAGAGUGAGAGCUCUAUGGAAGGAUUGGAUUAUGAGUCAGGGGCCGAGGAUUAG